GUGGGACUCGGAAGCUGUUCGCUGGGACGCAGAAGGAUGUGGCUGCGGUCAGUGUUGCUGCCUCUUCUCAGACUGUAUUUAUGCGGAGUUAAAGUUCUUCUCUAUCAGAUGUUCAACAGAUCCUUUACGUUACCAGUCUUAUCCAAGCAAAAUGGAAGGGUUGCCAUUGUGACGGGGGGUACCAGAGGAAUGGGUUUAGAGACAGCAAGACACCUGGCAAGCCUUGGCAUGCAUGUUGUCAUAGCUGGGAACGAGAGAGAAGAGGGCAUUGCAGCUGUCAGGAAGAUUCAUGAGGAAGGCAGCGAGGGGAAAGCCGAGUUUGUCUUCGUGGACCUUACUUCACUGAAAUCGGUGAAACAGUUUGCUCAGACGUUUAGAGACAGAGGUCUCGCCCUCCAUGUUCUGGUUAACAAUGCUGGGACCAUGCUGGUUCCUGAGAUGCAGACAGAGGAUGGCUUUGAGUUCCACUUUGGUCUCAACUACUUGGGCCACUUCCUACUGACCAACCUGCUGAUGGACUUGCUGAAGAGGUCAGGACGACAGGGCUGCUGCUCCAGAAUUGUCAACAUGUCUUCUGCUACACACUAUGCAGGAGUCCUGAACAUGGAUGACUUAAACAAGAGGAUCUGCUACAGCUCCCAUGGUGCCUACUCUCAAAGCAAACUGGCUCUGGUUCUCUUCACCUACUACCUGCAGGAGCAGCUGACAGCUGGCGGCUUUUCAGUGACUGUAAACGCUGUGGAUCCGGGCAUGGUGGACACGGCACUAUAUGACAACCUGUGGAGUCUUGCACAGGCGUUGAAGAAACCAGUGGCCAAGAUACUGUUCAGGACUCCAGCAGAGGGAGCAUCCACAGCCAUCUACACUGCAGCUGCCUCUGAGAUGGAGGGGGUGGGGGGCUGUUACCUAUACAACGGCCAGAAGACGCAGUCCUCUGACCUUUCCUACGACUCUGAGCUACAAGCAGAGCUGUGGAAGAAAAGCUGUGAGCUUGUGGGCCUUCAGGAUGCCUGACACACUCUGCUAUGACUCUGAGACAGGAUAUAUAGAUCCACUUCCGCCAAAGUCAUCUGAGAGAUGCUAUCUUGAAUCAAACCCUCACUUUAUUUUGUUAAACACUUAAAUAAUCUGAUUAACAGACCGUCCACAUCUGCUUACACAGUUGGUUUUACAGAUACAACUUUAGUGAAGAAACUAGCAGGUCUUACUGAUUUUCAGUUUUUCGCAGGAGCAAAAGCCAAAUACCUUAAAGAAAAAAACAGUAUGUUUUGAAUAUUGUUCCAUGUCUGAUAAAGAUGCCAAAAUCUUCCAUUCUAAAAUUUUACAAACUGGAGCAUAAACUAUUUAAACUUUGUGAUUGUUCUGCUCAGUGUUUAUUUACUACCCACAUCAGAACCACAUCUGAUGUAACACCACAUCUCUUUUCAGGGGUGAGUGUAAUUUUGACCAUUCCUUAAAAAUAGAGCUUUAAAUUGUCCCGACCUAACAUGUGUAAGUCUAAUCAGGCAAAACAAGUUAAAACACCAUUAGGCUAAAAGCGUGGGCUUUUAAGACUAUUUUGCAUCUGGCUUUGAUCCAACAUCAUAUUUUCUGAUAGUUGAAAAUAUUAGAAAAUAUUAUCACUGUAUCAUUGACCAUAGUAAAGUUAUCUGUCAUCUCAUUACUACUGACUACUGGGACAUUCCUCCAAAAAUAUGGGUGUCUUUCUUAUAAUAAGGCUGUUAUUAUAAUAUUAGUUUAAUUAUUAGUCUAUUAUUAUUAUUAUUAUUACACAUCUUUAUCUGUAACCUGCAUUUGGCUAUGUUCUCUUUCCUCCCUCCUAUCCCCCCCAUCUCUCUCUUUCUCUCUCCUCCACUUUACAUACAUUACAUUGUAGAAUAUAUGUAAAGUGCCCGGAGGUAACUUCUGUUAUGAUUUGGCGCUAUAUAAAUAGAAUAGAAUAGAAUUGAAUUGAAUUGAAUUGAAUCGAAUUGAUUUCAUGACGAAGUAAAGAUUAAGUAUUUUUCCUUAAAAAGCUAAUGAUUGUGUUUCAUCAGUGGAGGGAAUCCAAUCUAACCCCACCGUGUUUAAGUCUGUGUGCACAGUGCAAACAGUGAUCUGUGGUUCAUUUAUAGUGUUGUAACACAUAGACAUGGUUGUGUUUCUGUUGUGUGUACACUUAACUCCUAAUAUCUGUAUGUUUUGUUUUUAUUGAACAUCAGCUACAGAGUCAUGUAUGGAGUUGUGCCAAAUCAGACUCUAAUAAGGGCUCCAUGCCAAACUUUUCUGGUAGAGCAGCUUUGUUAUGUUAAAUAUUCAAAGACCUAAAUGCCUUAGCAGUGCCUGUCAGAGUUUACAAAUGACUCAAUUGAUUUUUAAAAGGAAUAUUGUGGCACUGUCUUCAUGUAUGUUUCCAUAUGUGUGAUCUAAUGUGACAUUUAUGCAAAACUACUGAAAAAUGUUGAGUAUUUUAAGUUUUCAGACCGUACAAAACAUCAGCACUAGUUUAACCCUUAGGUGGGGUUGGGUGCUUAGCUGGAUAGAUUUUUAGGGUAGAUUUCCCAUUUGGAUACAAAAAAAUCAACUUUUUUUAGCCUUAAUGAAAACUAAUUUUUACAUUUAUUCUUUAUGAUUAUGAUUUAUUAUAAAUCAGCAAUCACAGUGUGAUAUUAAGUAGAAUAUUAGAAAUUGAAAAAAAUUCUCUUUAUUAUUACUACCUAAACAGUCCCUUACCAUUCAUCAUACUCCAUUCAAAUGUUAAAACGUGCAGAUCGAGCGGGAGAUGAUUGGAAUGACUUUUCUCGGCAAUAUGUCUCAUAAUUUCCUAAAUAUUCAACAUUUUGUCUGUAAUUUUUCCCAGUGAAAUGAAUGGACAGAAUGUUCAAUGGCUAGAGUGGGUAACCUCACAAAUAGAGUGGGAGAGAUGUUAAACUGUUCUGAAAAAUUUCUGUUUAACUUGUCCUAACGGCCACAAAUUUUACUCAUAACAACAUAGGACAUAGUCAAAUUUCUCUUCUUUUACAGAAUUUAACUAUCUAAGCAAACAGACCUGUACAUUUUGCUCCAUGAGCCUGUCAGUGGCAGGAGAACCAGCCAGUUACCCCACAAGCUGCAAUACAAAUUAAGAACCAAAUUUUCAGGGAAAAAUAGAAACGAUCCCUUUAUUUAACUCACUUAAUUUUCGACAUUUUUGAUACCACAAACAAAUAAUUUAUAUCACUGCAUUCAGCAGAGUCUCCAGUCCCUCACAAUUUAAAAAUUUAGUUGAUAGGAGUUACGGGCUUUGACUGGUAACCCAGAGUUCGAGAGGUGUCUUUUGGCUGAAUCCAUGUCUCAUUAAGUAGAAACUAAGCAGUUAAAUCACGAUGGCAAGCUCUGAGUGCAGUUAGGCACAAAGGGCUGAUUCAGAUCAGCUGAUUAGACUACUUGUAUGUGAUGUCUGUGGUGUUUAUCUAACACUUGACUCAGCCCUUUUUCACUUCAUACAAAUUUGCAUUUUCUAGUUAUCAUUACUUUUUUCUUGAUUGUAACAUUUAUGGUCUGGCAAAAGUCUAUCUCAUUCUGGUCAUCACAACUCCAUAAAAAGAACAAACAAACAAUGGUCAAUCCCACAUACACUGUUCCAAUGCCCCAAAUACUCACUAGAAACCCAAAUAUGGAUUAAUCCACUGCUAAAGAUAGUCCCUAACAAAUGCACAAACAAAUUGUUGUUCAGGUGUUUUCCUGGGAUUUAUUGAUAAUAUGAAAACUUUGGAAUCAUUUCAGUCUUAUCCCUUAACAUUUUCUAACACUUCAUAUGUAAAAUUUUCUUUUCAAAUAUGCAGACAAAAAUUUUCAAAUAGUUGGUCAUAACAAUCUCACAAAUUUUGGAUAUGUAUUUUUCUGACAAUAUUGUAAGUGUAAUUUACAUUAUACUGUAUAUAUAUAUAUAUGAUUCAAUAGGUGCUUGAAUCUGUGGAAUACAGUGAAAUGAUUUGUAAUAGUUACAGUUAUUUGGACAGCGAGACAAUUUUUAAAAUUUUGCCUCUGAACACUCAAUAGAUUUGAAAAGAAGCCAUCAACAUUUGAUUGUAGUGUAGACUUUCAUCUUUGAUUCAAGGGAUUUAACAAAAAUAUUACAGUAACCGUUUAGGAUUUACAGCCAUUUUUAUAUAUAAUCCCUCAAUUUCAGAGGCUUGAAAGUAAUUGGACAAACCAAUACAAUUAUAAAUAUAAGGCUUAUUUUUAAUACUUGGGUAAAAAUCCUUUGCAGUCAGUAACUGCCCAAAGUCUGGAACCCAUGGACAUCACCAAAUACUGAGUUUCCUCCCUUGAGAUGUUUUGCCAGGCCCUUACAGUAGCCACCUUCAGUUGUUGCUUGUUUGUGGGUCUUUCUGCCUUCAGUUUCAUCUUCAGUAAGUGAAAAGGAUGCUCAAUUGGCUUGAGGUCAGGUGACUGACCUGGUCAUUGAAGAAUAUUCCAUUUCUUUCCCUUGAAAAGCUCUUGGGUUGCUCUUGCAGUAUGUUUUGGGUCAUUAUCUAUCUGUCCUAUGAAGCAUCAUCCUAUCAAUUUUGCACCAUUUGGCCGAAUCUGAGUAGUUAGUAUAGCCCUACACACUUUAGAAUUAAUCCUGCUACUUCUAUCAAGUACAUCAUCAAUAAACUCCAGUUCCACUGGCAGCCAUACAUGCUCAUGCCAUAACACUGCCUCCACCAUGAUGGACAGGUAAUGUGGUAUGCUAUGGAUCAUGAGCCAUUCCUGUCCUUCCCCAUACUCUUCUCUUCCAAUUAUUCUGGUACAAGUUAAUAUUGGUUUCAUCUGUCCAAAGAAUC